AAUAAAAAAUUGUGGAUUAAUUUGCAAUUUUAAUACGACUUAUGAUUAAUGUGACUGAGAUUUAUAUAUGACUAAAACGCUGCGUUCAGCUCCAUGUUGUUCCUUCGUUACUUUCUAGGGUUUUUCAGAUUUACAUUUGCCGAUUUUCACCGCCAUUUUCUCCACCACCACAGUUCCCAGUAGCAACCAUGCACUGUACCUCGCGAUGACGCAAUUUCUCAACACUCGCCUCAAUUUCUCGUCCCCAACGGUACGAUUUUUCCUUUCAUUUUCUCAUCUCGCAAUGAGCUUCUCGAAGCCUCUAAUCGGAAUCGGAAAACGCAAUCUGUUAUCAUCAGGAAAUUCGUUUUCAGUUAUAUUCAUAACGUCGUCGUUUCAAAGACGAUGAUGGAUUCGAAUCAUGAAUUCAAUAACCCUCUUAGGUCAUAGGAUGGUUCAUAAAAUUUAUCAAUGUUUGAAUAUUACACGGAAGUUAUGUGAUCAACCGUUUCAUGUUGUUGAUGACGAGGUUGUUAGGAAUGGGUUUGAAUUGGUUGAGGAGCCUUUGAAAAAAAUGUUUCUAGGUUCAUUUGAAAAUGUUGAUUUGAAUAAUAAUGAGGAAAAUGGUUUUGGUUACAAUCAAAGACGGUUUUUAGGUAGAGAUGGUUUGUUAGGAAAUGUUGGGAGGAUCGAUUUCGAGAGGGAAAAUGGGGAUUUGAAUGAUGAGGAUAAUAGUUUUGGAUGCGGUCAAAGGAGGUUUUCUGUUAGAGAUUGUUUGUUACGAAAUGUUAGGAUUAAUGUUGAGAGGAUUCUUGAGGUUCUUCGAAAAGAUGAGUUAGAUUUUGAUUUUAAGUUGGCUUUAGAUGAGUUGAAUAUAAGGCCGACGUGGAUUUUGGUUAGAGAGGUUUUGUAUGCGGUGUUGAGAGAGGUGAAUUGUGAUAACAAGAGUAGUAUUGCAAGAUUGGCUUAUAAGUUCUUUGUCUGGUGUGAUCAGAAGAAAGGUUAUUGCCAUACUGUUAAUUCUUAUAACUUGAUUAUGCAGAUAUUUGCCAAGUGUGAGGAUUUUAAGGCAAUGUGGAGACUUGUUGAUGUGAUGAUUGAGAAGGGUUUCCCUGCCACGGCUCGCACUUUCAAUAUUUUGAUUUGCGCUAGCGGUGAGGCGGGUUUCGCUAUGAAUUUGGUUGUGAGGUUUAUAAAGUCAAGGUCUUUUAACUUUCGAUCUUCUAUACAUUCUUAUAAUGCAAUUCUACAUUGUCUUCUUGUGUUGAAUCGGUACACGUUGAUUGAGUGGGUUUAUGGACAGAUGUUGUCUGAGGAAGAUUUUUCAUCAGAUGUUUUGACAUAUAAUAUUCUCAUGCUUGCGAAGUACAGACUUGGGAAGAUGAAUCAGUUUCACACAUUGCUUUAUGAGAUGGAAAGAAGAGGCCUUUCUCCGGAUUUUCAUACUUAUAAUAUACUUCUACAUGUUCUUGGUAGAGGAGAUAAGCCACUUGCUUCCGUUGAUCUUUUGAAUCGCAUGAGAGAAACAGGUAUAGAACCAACUGUUCUUCAUUUCACAACGCUCAUAGAUGGACUGAGUAGAUCAGGAAAUAUGGAUGCUUGCAAAUAUUUUUUUGAUGAAAUGGUGAGGAUCGGCUGCAUGCCAGAUGUGGUAGCAUACACUGUAAUGAUCACCGGAUAUGUGGUGGCUUGUGAAUUCGAGAAAGCUCAGGAAAUGUUUGAUGAGAUGAUUUAUAGAGGACAAAUCCCAAAUGUAUUUACCUACAAUUCCAUGAUUCAUGGAUUUUGUAUGGCCGGAAAGUUUGACGAAGCAUGCUCAAUGCUUAAGGAAAUGGAGACCAAAGGUUGCAGUCCAAAUUUUGUUGUCUAUAGGACAUUAGUGAGUAACCUACGGAAUGCUGGAAAGCUUUCUAGAGCUCGAAAGGUGUUACGGCAGAUGAUGGAGAAGGGAAGGAAUGUCCAUCAUCUUCCCAAGUUAAGAGCGAAACGAUAUAGGAAAUGAGAUAACAGAUUUGCUGAUGUAAACUUGUGGUUCAUCAACUUAUUAAUCUGGUCAACCAGGUCCAAUUACCUUCUGGUUGCUGAGCUGAUGUAGAAGCAGGAGAUGAAAUAUGUUGGACCUAAAAUUGAAAGCAGUGGGGGAAUCAGUUGUUGGUCACCUGGUAUAUUACACGAAGCUAUUGCCAAGACUAAGAUGUGAGGCAUUUUUUGUUGCUUUCCACACAUGCUUAAGUCAGUUUCUUUGAUUCUGGGAUUUCAAUGACAGCAAUUGUCAUGUUCAAGAUGGUUUAUCACGAAGAGUGUCCCUUUACUGUCAUUAUUUUUUGGCUGGCUCAUUCCUCGGCUAGAUAUUUUGUGCCGAGUUAACAUGCAAUAGACAAAAUCUGUCAUCAUGCAGAAUGUGGUGAUCUGCAUGUUCUGAUUGAGUAGCAGAGUAUCUCUGACAUGUAUGAAUCCUAUUGCACUGCAGUGUUGUUUUCAAUGGGAUAUGCAGUAUUCACUACAUCGUCAUGCUCUUUGGAAUUUGGAUGCUAGUCCAGACUUCAUGAAUGCAUUGUCUGAGCAAUAUUGUACAUGAUUUAUUGGAGACGACUAUGGGGUUGGGCAUAUUGAAGUUUGUUGUAAGAUAACAUUUUUUUGGAAUAAAAAAAAGUGUAAAUCACCGGCUUCUGAUAAAAUAAUGCCAAUGGCUUCAAACAUAUGAUGAGGAUUCUUUUAAUCUUUAUAGUGGAAGCUUUAACUUUGACAUUUUAUUGCUAUUGUUCUUGUUGUACAUAAAUUUCCAUUACUUAACAUUUUUUACAAAAUUUCCUAGGUAGAAGCUGAGAGAAACAAUUCAUUGAUCCCUCAAUAUGACAUUUAUGUAAUUUCAUGGUUCACUAUAUUUAUUCAAUUAUUUGUCUCGGGCUGCUGAUAUCUGUUUUUCCAUAUUAGAUUUCAUUUUAUGUAAUUUCAGGGCCUAUUUCUAUCAAGAAAGAUAUUUCUCCUACUCCUGGAAUUGGUUCGGGUGUAAACUACUAUUGGGCUUGCUCAUUGAGGUUAUCUACUAGCUGUCUGACUUCUGCGGAAGAACUUCCCGGUUCCCUGGUUUGUGUUGCCUCUGCCAGCUGCUGUAACUCAGGGAUGCUUGGGGGUCUCUGUGCUAGACAGUCCCACCAUAUUGCGGACCCAAGAUACCACCCUUAAGAUUAAGCUGAGAACUUCCGCGACGUUCUGCCGCUCACCAAGUUAGGCAUCUAAUACUCUUAUCUAUAUUUAUGUGCCGUAAAACUUACAUUUAAGAAAUUGAGUGUGAGGAGGGAUUAGAGAAGUGUUCAUACUGCCUUUGCCCAUGCUAAGCCUGGGAUUGGAGAAGCGUUCUUACAAUGAAUCUUAAAAACAGGGUUUUCUUAUAUAUAGGACCGGAGGGAGUAAUUUUUUGGGUGAUAAUCCCCGAAAGUAAACUCCAGUAAUCUAGAGUUCGACCUUGAAGUAAGUUUGACAAAAAAUUAUUCCUAUUAAGAAUCAAAUAUGGGUUCUCCCAAACAAUUCGUUCUAGGAGGAGCUCAUUAAGAAAAACUAAAACAUAUAAUUUGGAGUAUUUUUUGUGUUUUCCUUAAAAUAAGUUUAAUAGAAACAUAUAAAAUCAAUUUUCGUUGGCUAUUGCUUAUUGGGAAAAGUAGAUAGAGAAAUAAAACGUAAUUUACAUUUAAUUUCACGAGAAUAUGUAAAAUUAAUUCUUAGAAAAGAAAAAUGUUGGUUUGUUUCUCUUAUAAUUUUGGACAAAAAAAUGAGUUUUUUCCCCUUAUAAUUUGGAAUAGAGGGAGUACUCUUUAAAGAUCUUAAAUAGUAUAAAAUCAAAAGAUAACAUGGUAGGGAUGAGAGAUUAAAAUUUAAGAUACAAUUCAUCUAUAAAUCAGUAACGAAAUAAUUUUAUAUUUGAAAAUUGAAUUAAAUGCGAGUAAAAAUGUUCACAUGUUAAAUAAACACAAAAUACAAGUGAGUUAUCCUAUAGAGUUGUCUUGGAGUGUAACGACCUAGAAUUAAUUAUUUGUAAUUAAUUGAUUAGUUAUAUUUGUUUAUUUGUGGUGGUUUAAUUUAAUAAAUUAUGUGUUAAUUGUUGGUUUAUGUGUUUUGGGUAGAUUAAUUCAUUAAGAAUAGAAUGAGGGAAGUAAUGGGCAAGAUUAUGUUUUGGGCCUUGGAGGUUGGGGGGUGAGAUGAGUAAGGAGGCUUAAGGAGCAAUUAGUGAAACCUAGCUAUAAAUAGGAAGAUAUAGAAGGAUAGCUCAUUUUUACAUAAAGAAAAGAUAGAAAAGAGGUAGAGAGAGAGGAGAGCAAAAAAAGAGAAGAGAAAAGAAGAGAAGAGAAAGAACAAAGAGGAAGAGGAGAAGCUAGAAGAUUGAAGAGCUAGGAGAUGAAAGAGCAGAGAAUCCAACUUAAUUAACGUAUGAGAGUAAUAUUUUCUGAUUUAUUGAAUCACAAAUAUGAAUCAUAUAAAAUAAAUAUAAAAGAUAUAAGUAUAUAUACCUUGUGAAAACCAUAUAAAAUAAAUAUACUUUAGGAACGUCUGCAUAAACAUUUGGGCCAUUUGAUCUAUUAUAUUUAUAGCCAGGACCAUCUUACAUCAUCACAUCACAAUUAUGUUCUCAUCUCUUAGACCACCAUCUUUUAACACAUGAUAAGCAUGACAUACAUCAACUUGAUGUUUAUAAUUCGAAAAUCCUCUCGAAGCAGCAAUUAGGAAAGCCUAUUUGGUUCUUGUCCCAUCACCAUUUAUGCCACUCAUCUACGCCAUUGAAACCAUCCAAAAUACAAAUAUAUUUCUUAUUUCCAUUUUUUUUCUUCAAAAUUUUACUGAGACUAUAACAAAAUUGUUUUUUUUUUCCUUCAAGUUUUACAACUAUGACAUUGUAACAAAAGAGUGGAAUGUUAAAGUAUAUAAGGAUAUUAAUUUUGUUACAGUCUCAUAGUUGUAAAACUUGAAGGAAAAAAAAAAAACUCUUUUGUUAUAGUCUCAUAAUAAAACUUUGAAGAAAAAAAAUGGAAAUAAGAAAUAUAUUUGUAUUUUGGAUGGUUUCAAUGGCGUGGAUGAGUGGCAUAAAUGGUGAUGGGACAGGAACCAAAUGGGCUUUCCUAAUUGCUGCUUCAAGAGUAUUUUCAAAUUAUAGACAUCAAGCUGAUGUAUGCCAUGCUUAUCAUGUGUUCAAAGAUGGUGGUCUAAGGGAUGGGAAUAUAAUUGGGUGAUGAUGUAUGAUGAUAUCGCCUUCAACGAUGAAAACCCAUCUCCUGGCUAUAUAUAUAAUAGACCAAAUGGCCCAGAUGUUUAUGCAGACGUUCCUAAGCUAUAUUUAUUUUAUAUGGUUUUCACAAGGUAUAUAUACUUAUAUUUAUUUUAUAUGAUUCAUAUUCGUGAUUCAAUAAAUCAGAAAAUACUACUCCUUCAUACCUCAAUUAAGUUGGAUUUUCUACUCCUUCAUCUCCUAGCUCUUCAAUCUUAUAUGAAUCGGUACCCGUUGAUUGAGUGGGUUUAUGUUAUGGCCAGAUGUUGUCUGAGGAAGAUUUUUCAUCGGAUGUUUUGACAUAUAAUAUUGUCAUGCUUGCGAAGUACAGUCUUGGGAAGAUGAAUCUGUUUCACAGAUUGCUUUAUGUGAUGGAAAGAAGCGGCCUUUCUCCGGAUUUUCAUACUUAUAAUAUACUUCUACAUGUUCUUGGUAGAGGGGAUAAGCCACUUGCUUCCGUUGAUCUUUUGAAUCACAUGAGAGAAAGAGGUAUAGAACCAACUGUUCUUCAUUUCACAACACUCAUAGAUCGACUGAGUAGAUCAGGAAAUAUGGAUGCUUGCAAAUAUUUUUUGAUGAAAUGGUGAAGAUUGGCUGCAUGCCAGAUGUGGUAGCAUACACUGUAAUGAUCACCGGAUAUGUGGUGGCUUGUGAAUUCGAGAAAUCUCAGGAAAUGUUUGAUGAGAUGAUUUCUAGAGGACAAAUUCCAAAUGUAUUUACCUAUAAUUCCAUGAUUCGUGGAUUUUGUAUGGUGGGAAAGUUUGACGAAGCAUGCUCAAAGCUUACGGAAAUGGAGACCAAAGGUUGUAGUCCAAAUUUUGUUGUCUAUAGGACAUUAGUGAGUAAUCUACGGAAUGCUGGAAAGCUUUCUAGAGCUCGAAAAGUGUUACGGCAGAUGAUGGAGAAGGGAAGGAAUGUCCAUCAACUUCCCAAGUUAAGAGCGAAACGAUAUAAGAAAUGAGAUAACAGAUUUGCUGAUGUAAACUCGUGAUGCAUCAACUUAUUGAUCCGGACAUCCGGUCAACCCGGACCAAUUAUCUUCUGGUUGCUGAGCUGAUGUAGAAGCUGGAGAUAAAAAAUGUUGGACCUAAAAUUGAAAGCAAUGUGGAAUCAGUUGUUGGUCACCUGGUAUAUUAGAUAAUCUCCUUAUAUCUCUGAAGCAGGCAAGAUGAGGGCAAAAUUACCUGAAGCUAUUGCCAAGAGUUAGAUGUGAGGCAUUUUUUUGUUGCUUUUCACACAUGCUUAAGUCAGUUGCUUUGCUUCUGGGUUUUCAAUGACAGCAAUCUGUCUUCUGUCGUGUUCCAGAUGGUUUAUCAAGAAGAGUGACCUUUUACUGUUAUUAUUUUUUGGCUGGCUCAUUCGUCGGCUAGAUAUUUUGUGCUGAGUUAACAUGCGAUAAACAAAAUCUGUCAUCAUGCAAGAAUGUGGUGACCUGCAUGUGCUGAUUGAGUAGCAGUAUGCUAUUUCUGACAUGUAUGAAUGCUAUUGCAUGUAUUGUUGUCAAUUCUUCAUGCAGUAUUCGCUACAUCAACAUGCUCAUUGGAAUUUGGAUGCUAUAGUCCAGAUUUCAUGAAUGCAUUGUCUGCGCAAUAUGCAAUAUUGCACAUGAUUUAUUGGAGACGACUAUGAGGUUGGGCAUAUUGAAGUUUGUUGUAAGUUAACAUUUUUUUGGCCUCGAUAAAAGUGUAAAGCACCGGCUUCUGAUAAAAUAAUGCCAAUGGCUUCAAAGAUACGAAGAGGAUGACAAUUAUCAUACCUGAAGAUUCUCUUAAUCUUUAUUUAACUUUGACAACUUAUUGCUAUUGUUCUUGUUGUACGCAAACUUCCAUUUCUUACAAUCUUUUACAAAAUUUCCUAGGUAGAAGCUGAGAGAAACACUUCAUUGAUCCCUCAAUAUGAUUUUUAUGUAAUUUCAUGGUUCACUAUAUUUAUUCAAUUAUUUGCCUCGGGCUGCUGA